AUGAACAUUAUUGAACAUUCUCAUACAAGAAACCAUUUAACUGGGUCCAUAUUGCUAAAUGUGGUUCUAAAGGUUGAUCAUAAUUUGUUUCUGGAUUCCCAUGAUGAUUAUAUGCCCUUGAAAGAGGAGCUUAGCAAGUUUUUAAAUGAUUUGAAGACUAAAUUAUCAUUGAUCAAGUUGGAAAACUAUUCAUCUGCUGCUGUAAACAUUGAUAAGGCCAUUAUAGUUCUUUUUAGUGAGGAUGGUUUAAGCUCAGAGGAGUUCUUCAUCUUAAAUGCAAAGAAAUUUGGUAAAUAUUUAGAAGCAAGGCAGUUGGAGCUUCCCGAAUAUAUUGGUCAUUUCAUCAAUUAUAAAGCUUUAAAGAAAUUAAUUAAAUCUUUAGCAGGACCGCCACAUGGUGCUUCAAAUGAAGUUGAUGUUGAGCGUACUUUACAAGAAAACAGAACUUCUUUUUUCUUCAGACUAGAAAGGGAAUUGGAAAAAGUCAAUGCAUUCUAUUUAGAAAAAGAAUCAGAUCUCAAUAUAAGAUUAGACAUUCUUAUCAAAAAGAAAAAUGAUGCAGUUGCAAAGAAUAGAUUAGAUUCUAAAACUUCGAUUGCAUACAUCACUUUAUAUGAUGGGUUUAAAAGGUUUUCUAGGGAUUUAGAUAGACUAGAACAGUUUGUUGAAUUGAAUCAAACUGGGUUUUCAAAAGUGUUGAAAAAAUGGGAUAAAAGAUCAAAAUCUCAUACAAAAGAGUUGUAUUUAUCAAAAGCAGUCUCUGUUCAACCUGUCUUCAACAGAUCUGAAAUUUCACAAUUAAGUGAUUUAUGUGCAAAUUCUUUAGUUGAGCUGGAUGCCCAGGCUGAAGGCGAACACGUCGUUCGUUAUGAAUAUGAAGGAGGGAAUGGUGAUCAAAGAAACAAUUCAAUCACAUACAGUGAUUUCUCCAACUUACAGUUAAGCAACAAUAACUCAACUGAUUCACCAGGGGAUAAAUCUGAUCACCCACCACAUGCUUCAUUAAUGCAAAUUGAUGAUUCUGAAAUUGAUGAACUAUAUUCAGAAUUUACAAACAUUGCAUUUUCAUCUAAAGUUGACAGCCUGUUAUCUGGAUUUGUUAGCAGAAUCAAAGAGUCACCAAAUUCAAACUUCAAAUUAACAAAAAUUUUUUUCCUAGCCAUCAACACCAAAAUACCCGACGAGAUAUUAUUACAAUUUUAUAAUCAAGCAGAAAACUCCAUUAAUUUAAACACCACUGAUGAAUUAUCACAAAGAAGCAUCAUUCAUGAAGCAUGUUGUAAUGCUUUUGAAAAAAGAACUUUUGUUGUGGAAUUGGGUAUUAAACAAGAGUUGAACUUGAACUUGAAAGAUAUCAGUGGUAGAUUACCUUUACAUUAUGCUGCUGAACUAGGUAGAACUGAUUUAAUUUCUUUAUUAUGCUCUUCACCAGCUACUGUUGAAAAAUUAAAUGCAUUGGAUUAUGAUGCUAUGUCUCCUUUAAUUUUGGCCAUCGAUAAAAACCAUUUGGAAACUGUCAAAGCAUUGAUUGAACUUGGUGCUGAUCCUGCUCCAACUAAUAGUGAAGAACAUCCACAAUAUUUACCAUUAAAUGUUGCUUGUAAAGCUGGUAAUUAUGAAGCUGCUCAAUUAUUAUUAUCUAAACCAAGUGUUAAAGAAUACCAAAGAGAUGCAGAAGGUUUAUUACCUUUACAUGUUGUUGCUAAAACUGGUAACUUCCAACUAGUUCCUUUAUUAACUGAAAAUGAUGCUGAUCCAAAUGCACUAGAUGGGUUCAAUAAAUGGCCACCAAUUUUCUACUCUGCAAGCGAAGGUCAUCCAAGAACAACAGCAGCUUUGAUUAAAGCUGGUGCCAAAAUUGAAGUUAAAGAUGAAGAAAAUUUCACACCUUUGUUUUAUGCAUCAUGGGAAGGUCAUGUAAAUGUUUUAAAUGUUUUGAUUAAUGAAUUACAAAAUAAAAAACAUUCAAGAAAUAUUUUAUCACCAUUAAAAGAAGCCAAAGGGCCAAAGGGUUUAGAAUCACCUUCUUUAAAUCCACCAAGUUUCACACUAAAUGCUGAAACUUUUAACAUUGAUGCCAUCCCAGAUUUAUCAUUACCACCUCCAAUCAUUCCAUUAAGAAGAUAUGGUCAUAAUUUCUUAGAGAAGAAGAUUUUUGUUCAGUUACAUUUUGCAUUGGGUAGAGACUCUAUAAUACUGAAUCAAGAUGAAGUUAUUUCAUCACUUCCGGGAAGAAUUGUCAUCACAUCAAGAAUCAGUGAUGUUGUUCCAAGAAACAUUUUAUUACCAGCUUCAGACAUUGAAAACACUGUUGCAUUCCAAAUUGAUUCAUUGGAUAAAUUUUCCAUUGAUUUUGAAAUUUUCCCAUCUUUUGGUACCAAAUUGAUUGCCAAAACUUCAGCAUUAUCAGAUGUUUUCACUAAAGUUUCAAAUGAUGGUUUAAAUAAUUUAACAGUUUUGCCAUUAUUUGAUGGUCGUUUGAAAAAUGUUGGUGAAUUAAGAUUUGGUUUCCAAGUUAUUCAUCCAUAUUCUGGUACUCCAUUGGAAAUUUCUAAAUAUGACACUUAUUGGAAAUCAACAAGCGGUAAUUCAAAUGUUAACGUUGGUAUUCAAAAUUCCGUUUUAAGUUUCGUUACAGCUUCUUCAUUAUCUGGUGAUUAUGCCAAAAUUUAUGUUUCAAUGCUAAAAGAUGGUACUCCAAUUGUUUGUCCGUCAUGGAAAAUUGACAUUUUAGGAACAAGUAUUUCAUUAUUCCAUUUAUCUGUUGAUCAAUUGAAAACAAUCACUAAGUAUGAUGUUAAUAAUUUCAUUAUCCCAGAUACACAAUCGAGAGGUGAUUUCUUUAAAGAAUUGAAACAGUUUUUGGAUAAUAAUUAUAUCUUUUUAGAUGAUAUAUUAAAAUUAUUACCAGACUUUGUUAAUUUGAAUGUUGAAGUUUUAUAUCCUACAGAAGCUGAAAUCAAAGAAGUUCCAAUCACAUUACCAGAAACUGCUGAGUUGGAUAAAUUUGUUGAUUCAGUAUUGACCUCAGUUUUUGAUCAUGUUAGAGAUUUACGUUCAAGUAAUGUUAAACGUACAAGAUCAAUUGUAUUUUCAUCAAAUAAUCAAUCAGUUUGUUCAAUUUUGAAUUGGAAACAACCAAAUUAUCCAGUGUUUUUCAAUGUUACUGGUGUUCAUUUCAUUGAUGAUAAAUUCCAGAUAAGUUCAGCUAAUGAAUUUUCAACAGAGGUUGUCAAGACCGAAGAUUCUGCCACACGUUCCAUAAAAGAAGCUACAAGAUUUGCUACAUUAAAUAAUUUGUUGGGUAUAAUUGUUCCAGCUGAACUUUUAGUAUUAGUGCCAGAUUUAGUGGAGAGUAUAAGAUCAAGAGGUUUAAUUUUAGUUGCUGCAAAGAAAGGUUUCAAGAAUGUCGAUUUAGUUUUAGAUGAUGCUAAUUCCACUUUAGUCAAGUCAGAUAUAAAUGGUGCUAGAUUCGAAGAUGUUUUGACUUUUAAAGGUGAUAUUGAUAUGUAA